AUGUCUUCUCGACCUGAUCUAAAGGUCGACGACGAAGUCGGCUUCAUUGGCUUCUACCGCUCCCUUCCCGCCCCCGACAACGACGAGACGAUCCGCGUAUUCGACCGCGGAGACUGGUACUCGUCUCACGGGGCCAAUGCCGAAUUCAUAGCACGCACCGUCUACAAAACGACCUCCGUGCUCCGGAACCUGGGCCGCAGCGAGACCGGCGGUCUCCCAUCCGUCACACUAAGCAUAACCGUGUUCCGGAACUUCCUUCGAGAAGCACUCUUCAGACUUAAUAAACGUGUUGAGAUCUGGGCCUCUGCAGGCUCAGGGAAGGGCAAUUGGAAGCUGGCGAAGCAGGCUAGUCCUGGAAAUUUGCAGGAUGUCGAAGAAGAGCUUGGCAGUGUUGGUGCUUUGCAGCAGGAUUCUUCGCCUAUCAUUCUAGCAGUGAAGAUCUCUGCACGAGCUGCUGAGGCGCGGAAUGUGGGCGUGUGCUUUGCUGAUGCGAGUGUGCGUGAGCUUGGUGUCAGUGAAUUCCUGGAUAAUGAUAUCUAUUCCAAUUUCGAGUCUUUGGUCAUUCAGCUCGGUGUCAAGGAAUGUCUGGUGACUAUGGAUUCGUCGCGGAAGGAUGUGGAACUGGCCAAGAUUCGCGCAAUCGCUGAUAGCUGUGGCAUUGCUAUCUCUGAGCGUCCGGUUGCAGACUUUGGUGUUAAGGAUAUCGAGCAGGAUCUGACGAGAUUGCUGAGAGAUGAGCGCUCUGCCAGUACUUUGCCUCAGACGGAACUGAAGUUGGCUAUGGGAUCUGCUUCGGCUUUGAUCAAGUAUCUGAACGUCAUGACUGAUCCUACGAACUUUGGUCAAUAUCAACUCUACCAGCAUGACCUGUCGCAGUACAUGAAGCUUGAUGCGGCUGCGCUUCGUGCCCUGAACCUUAUGCCUGGCCCGCGGGACGGUGCUAAGUCUAUGAGUUUGUACGGUCUGCUCAAUCACUGCAAGACGCCUGUGGGCAGUCGCCUGUUGGCUCAAUGGCUCAAGCAGCCUCUGAUGGAUCUAGCAGCGAUUGAGCAACGGCAACAGCUUGUUGAGGCGUUCGUUGUCAACACCGAGCUGCGUCAGACGAUGCAGGAGGAGCAUCUGCGCUCAAUUCCCGAUCUUUACCGGCUGGCGAAGCGUUUCCAGCGGAAGCAGGCUAAUCUAGAAGAUGUUGUUCGCGCAUACCAGGUUGCUAUUCGCUUGCCUGGCUUCGUCAGUGCCCUGGGUGAUGUGAUGGAUGAACAGUAUCAGACACCUCUUGAAACAGAGUACACUUCAAAGAUCCGUGGCUACUCUGACAGUCUGGCCAUGCUUGAGGAGAUGGUCGAAACGACCGUUGAUCUUGCAGCUUUGGAAAACCAUGAAUUCAUUAUCAAGCCCGAGUUCGAUGAUGGCCUGCGGAUUAUCAGGAAGAAGCUCGACAAGCUGCGCCAUGAUAUGGAUGCUGAACACAGACGAGUCUCACAAGAUCUCAAGCAGGAUAUGGAGAAGAAGCUUUUCAUGGAGAACCACCGCGUUCACGGCUGGUGCUUCCGUCUCACUCGUAACGAGGCGGGCUGUAUUCGCAACAAGCGCGAAUAUCAGGAAUGCUCCACGCAGAAGAACGGUGUCUACUUCACGACAUCGACCAUGCAGAGUCUUCGCCGAGAGCAUGACCAGCUCUCUUCAAACUACAACCGAACCCAGACCGGUCUAGUCAACGAGGUCGUCAAUGUCGCUGCCUCCUACUGUCCAGUCCUGGAACAACUCGCCGGUGUGCUUGCCCAUCUCGAUGUCAUCGUCAGUUUUGCCCAUGCCUCCAUGCAUGCACCCUCCGGCUACGUCCGUCCUAAGAUUCACCCUCGCGGAACCGGAAACACUGUCCUCAAAGAAGCUAGACACCCAUGCAUGGAAAUGCAAGACGACAUCUCCUUCAUCACAAACGACGUCUCUCUGAUCCGCGACGAAUCCUCCUUCCUCAUCAUCACCGGUCCCAACAUGGGCGGAAAAUCCACCUACAUUCGCCAGAUCGGUGUAAUUGCCCUCAUGGCCCAAACAGGCUGCUUCGUCCCCUGCACGGAAGCCGAGCUAACAAUCUUCGACUGCAUUCUCGCCCGAGUCGGCGCCAGCGAUUCCCAGCUAAAGGGUGUAUCAACAUUCAUGGCCGAAAUGCUCGAGACCUCCAACAUUCUCAAAUCCGCCACCUCAGAAUCUCUCAUCAUCAUUGACGAACUGGGCCGAGGAACAAGUACCUACGACGGCUUCGGUCUAGCCUGGGCUAUUUCCGAACACAUCAUUACAGAGAUCCGAUGCUUCGGUCUCUUUGCCACGCAUUUCCAUGAGCUCACUGCCCUCGAAGAGCGGUACCCGAAGGCCGUGAAGAAUCUCCACGUCGUAGCAUUCAUCGGAGACGAAGCAAGUGAAACUAUCGACGAAGCUGAGGAAAAGAAGAAACGCCAGGUUACUUUGCUUUACCGUGUCGAACCGGGUAUCUGUGAUCAAUCUUUCGGAAUCCAUGUUGCGGAACUUGUUCGUUUCCCGAAUAAGGUUGUUAAUAUGGCUCGUCAGAAGGCUGAGGAGCUGGAGGACUUCACUUCUGCUUCGCCGGGUCAGAAGGCUCUUGCUCCUUCGCUUGAUAAGUAUUCUCAGCAGGAUGUCGAGGAAGGUAGUGCUUUGCUUAAGGGGAUGUUGAUGAAGUGGAAAGCGGCGACAGAGGGCAAGGAAAUGACCGCCGAAGAAAAGAGACAGGUCAUGCGUGAUUUGGCACAGGGUGAUGAAAAAUUACAGGCCAAUAAGGUCUUCCAGGGUCUCAAGGCUCUAUGA